UAGAUUGUCUCAGGAAAGACGCAUCAAAGAAGCCUUCGAAACGCGCAUUUCUAACGUCUAAUCGAAUUAGCCUUGCCGCGUAAGCGCUGGCUUGCUUUCUCCACUGAUAAUCAUUAAAACGUGAACGUCCGCGACAACCGUUACGCCGAACGUGUUUACUUGCCAUUGAAAUUGCGCCAUCGACGCGCCGUCGAAUUUUCUUUAUGUGCUCUGCUGCACAGUUUAAUUAAAGUCACUCGAAAAACCAUGGAGGUAUUGAUAGAUUGCUAUUUCGACCGACUGUUCGCGGAAAUGGAACGCAGUUGCUUAGCCUCGCGAUACAAACGUCGCGAGCUGGUCAAUUAUUUCACGGACGUGAUAAACAGUUGUGCGGAAGCGGAGAACCUCGACAAACAGGAUGUGUGCGAGAGGAUCGUCCUCUCGGCUCUGCGCUAUCAUAACAUCACGAUGAUGGAGAACGGAUCGAUCUGCCUGCUCGGCAAGUUCCACAACGUCCUGUACGUGGCGGCGAAGCUCUGCUACGACUGGGACAUCGGCAACAACGUGAUCGUCAGCCGGCUGCUGAACGACAUAUUCUACUGCGAGAAGACGUUCGAGCGGCUGCUCGUCGGGGCGAUCUUCGGCACGCGCGUGACGCACUUCCUGUCGGGCUGGAAGUGCGACUUUGACGAUCGCGAGGAGAACAUUCGGGCGCUCGUGUACUUCUUGGAUCACGCGAUUAGCGGCCGGCUCGAAUACCGUUGCGAGUCCUCGCCGAUAAAAAGACGUCUCAUCGACGUGCCCAUGGAGUCGUACGGACAGGUUCUACCGCUGAGGGUCGCGAUCCAGCACGGCGCGCCGGACAUCCUGUUGAUCAUGCUGCGCUACGGCGCGUCGGUCGAGUCCGACGAACUGGCCCCGUCGCCGAUGGAGAUUAUUCUGACGAAGCUUAGCGAGUUCGAGGCCGAACGAGAGGAAGUUGUUUACCCGGAACACAUGCUGACAUGCCUGAAACUGCUGCUGCGAACCGUCACCAUUGCCUACGUCAGGACGCCCGAUCAUAUCGCCGCUCGCAGCGGUAUCCUCAGCGUGUCACUGCACGAGCAAUAUCCGAGCCUGGCGAAUCGAAAUCUAAUACCGCCGGAACGUAGCGGAAUUCGCCCGGCGGAACUCAGGCAUCUGUGCCGCUGCCGUAUCCGCGAGACCCUCCGCAGCAAUUGGGCACUGCCUCACGGAAUCAAGAAGCUGCAGAUUCCAGAGUCCCUGAGAAAUUAUCUGGAUCUGCUGCAAGACUGACGGAAAAUCUCGUUCGCGGUCGUGGGACCGAUCGACCGUUCUUCUUUUCGUUCCGAUUCGGAAAUAUUUUAUCAUAUACGUUCGUACGCAGCGUCCUAUAGAAUUUCACUGUGAUUCAAUAAAACGUGCUUUCUGCCGCGAUUCGGCUGUAGAAUUCAACAAAUGCGCGUCGAAAUCUCUCAAAGUCAUCGCGCAAGUUCGAAUCUUGGACUCGAGUUCGGCGAAAUAUAGAGAAAGUGAAGCGAAACGAUGGCGAGGACUUUGAUAGAUAUGAGUCCUCUAUCUAAAUGUAUGUCAAACUCCACGCGGAAUUUUUGAUAUACGAGAGCGAAAUCGCGCGCGCGAGAGACGCUCAAGUAGGUUGUAAGGUCUAAGGUUUGAGAAAGAGUCAAGUUCAGAAGGCCGGGUGAUACGUCUUAUAAUGGCGCUAUGUUAAUGGACCUUGGGAAUUAGAAAAACGUCUACUUUGUUAGGGAUUUCUAGCACUCGUACGCUCGCGACGUGAGUGCUAAAAACAGUCGAGAAUAACGGAAAGUAUGUCGUAAGACAAUGUAACAAGUACGCGUUCGGGAAACCGCGAAGCUGUCAUCCAUUAGCAACUUUCUUCAAUCUGAGAAGAAUCGAAUGAAAGAGAGAGUACGAUAAAAAUAAUUGUACAAUUACAAAAUAAAUUAUAAUUGCAGAAGCAAA